AUGGCUAUGGCCUCAGAGAUGUUGCGUACUUUCAGUGCUCGUGCCAAGCCUGUUCCACUUAUAAUCAUCCGAAGAUUCUCAUCGCUUUGGUCAACAAAGAAAGACCCUGAUCUCGAAUCUGCUCUCUCGCGCAACAAGAGAUGGAUAGUUAACAGUCGGCUCAAGAACAUUAUCUUAAGAUGUCCCAAUCAGGUCGCACCGAUUAAGUUUCUACAGAAGAAGUUUAAGACGCUUGAUCUUCAGGGGAAGGCCGUGAACUGGCUUAACAAGUAUCCCUGUUGUUUCCAUGUUUAUCUCCAGGACGAUGAGUAUUACUGUCGUUUGACCAAACCCAUGAUGACUCUUGUCGAAGAAGAGGAGCUGGUUAAAGAUACACAAGAGCCUGUCUUUGCCGAUAGGCUGGCUAAGCUGCUUAUGAUGAGUGUUAAUCACCGCCUCAAUCUUGUCAAGCUUAAUGAGUUGAAGCGGAGCUUUGGCUUCACAGAUGAUUAUGUUAUCAGGAUACUACCUAAGUACUCUCAUGUGUUUCGAUUAGUGAAUUAUAGUGGUAGGAAGAGUUCUAUGGAGAUCGAGCUUUUGUCGUGGAAGCCUGAGUUGGCUGUUUCUGCAGUGGAAGCCGCAGCCAAGAAAUGCGGCUCUGAGCCUAGUUUCUCUUGCUCUUUACCCUCCACAUGGACCAAACCGUGGGAGAGGUUCGUUGAGUUUAAUGCUUCUCCUUACAUAUCUCCAUAUCAGGAUCCUGCGGAUAUCAUCGAGAGUGAGAAGAGAAGCGUUGGUUUGGUGCACGAGUUACUCUCCUUGACGCUGUGGAAGAAGCUUUCAAUGGUAAAGCUGAGUCAUUUCAAGAGGGAGUUUGGGUUGCCAGAGAAGCUAAAUGGCAUGCUUCUGAAACAUCCAGGUAUAUUCUACGUCGCCAACAAGUAUCAGGUUCACACUGUGCUCCUUAGGGAAGGAUACAAUGGCUCAGAAUUGAUUCAUAAGGACCCGCUCGUUGUUGUCAAGGAUAAAUAUGGAGAACUGAUGCAACAGGGCUUGUAUGAGUACAAUCGUAGGCGAUAUCUGGCUAACCUAGAGAAGAAGAGAGAGAAAGGUAUUGAAUCUGUGAAGCAUCUAGUGCGAAAGAAAGGCAGGAUUGACGAUGGAGACAGUGGUGAUGAACAAGAGAAUCAUGGGGAUCGACCAGGCGGUAUGUUUGAUCCAGAAGAGAGAAAAAGGUUCUAUCAGAUUCUCUUCAGUGACACCCAAUAA